AUGUCGACAUUUACUAUACCAGAAGAUGCUUCUACGGUACAACCAAAUGUUGCAGACCUGAAUGCACAGCAAGCACUCGCAUACCAUUCAGUUUUGGCUUUUGUUAAUUCUUCCUCUGCAGAAAGACAAAAUUUCUUUUUUUUAUAUGGACAUGGAGGAACUGGGAAAACUUUCCUUUACAAGGCUUUGGUUGCCCACUUGAAAGAGCUAGGAAAGGUUGUUCUUGUGGUUGCUUCUUCUGGAAUUGCUGCGACUUUGCUCCCUAAUGCAAGUACAGCACAUUCCCGGUUCAAGAUACCUCUUGAGAUUGACCAUACAUCUUCAUGCAAUAUAAGGAAAGGCACUCCACUUGCUCAAUCGAUAGUCGAUGCAUAUUUGAUUGUGUGGGAUGAGGCUCCUAUGGUGCAUCGUUUGUCAUUUGAAGCAGUUGAUCGUGCCUUUUGUGACAUUAUGAAUGUUCCUUUUACUGGUGUGCAUUACAAACCAUUUGGGGGAAAGACAGUUCUAUUGGGAGGUGACUUUCGACAGACAUUACCAAUUGUGCCUGAUUCCGGAAAAGAGGAAAGUGUGGAUUCAUCUUUGACCAGAUCUUAUUUAUGGAAUUCUUGCAUGGUUCUGCAUUUGAGUGAAAAUAUGCGUGUAGAUUCUUCUUCUGCAAAUAACCAGUUGGAUUUUCACGGAAUGAACUUUGGUCGCUGGACUCUUUCCAUAGGUAAUGGAACAAUGCCAGCGAGAUCGUUUAAAGAAAACCAACCAGCUGAUUGGGUAGAAAUUCCAGAAGCUUUGCUCAUUCAAACUGUUGGGUCUCCUGUUCAGACAAUGGCAACUGAAAUCUACACUGAUUUCCAGCAACGAUAUCAUAAUAUUUCCUACCUUACUGAGCGAUCAAUCAUCACACCCACCAAUCGCAAUGUUACUGAGAUUAAUGCUCACAUGCUUGCUUUGGUCCCAGGAACAGGACGCUCUUACUAUAGUAGUGAUACUUUGCAUACAGAUGCAGCGGAUUCAUAUCGUAUAGAAGCGGAAUAUCCUACGGAGUUCUUGAACGGUCUUUCUUUCAAUGGUUAUCCAGAACACAACAUAGAGCUGAAAGUCUUCACACCGGUCAUGCUUCUUCGUAACCUUAACCCAGCAAUUGGAUUGUGUAAUGGCACAAGACUAAUGGUUAUUUACUUAGGCCAUUAUGUGAUUAGAGGAAUUAUCAUGGGUGGGACGUUCAGUGGAAAGACUGUCGCUAUUCCCAGAAUAGUCCUUAAUAUUAAUGAUCAUCGCUGGCCUUUUGUUCUGAAACGGCGACAGUUCCCAGUUAGACUUUGUUAUGCCAUGACGAUCAACAAGAGCCAAGGUCAAACGCUGCAGAGUGUUGGUGUCUAUUUACCGAAGCCUGUUUUUAGUCAUGGACAGCUCUAUGUUGCUGUAUCGCGAGUUAGAUCUGCUUCGGGCCUACGGUUAUUGAUUAUUAAUGAAGAUGGGAUUCCUUCGAAAUACACUCGCAAUAUAGUCUACCAAGAAGCACUUGCUGACCUGCUGGAUAUUGCUGACGUCGCACAGGUAUGCUUGGUCUUUCAUAAUUUUCUUUUUUAG